AUGCCUAGAAUUCAACUUGAUUAUUCUCUUUACUUGGUCACUGGGAGAGAAUUCCUUCCUCCUGGAAAGGACUACUAUGAAUCACUUGAAGAGUCCCUACAAGGAGGAGUGACUCUCGUCCAAGUGAGAGAAAAGGAUGCCGAUACUGGAGAAUUCAUCGAAGUUGCCAGACGCACCAAACAGAUUUGUGACAAGUACAACGUACCUGUCCUUAUCAACGAUCGAAUUGAUGUCCAUCUAGCAGUCGGAACUGCCGGUAUCCACAUCGGACAAACCGACUGUCCUCUCCCUUUAGCCCGUACCCUCAUCGGUCCAGAUGCGAUCAUUGGUCUAUCAGUCCGAAACAUCGAUGAAUGUAAGCGUGCUAUCGAACAGGGGGCAGAUUAUAUCGGUAUUGGAUCCGUCUGGCCUACCGGAUCGAAAGAUAUCAAAGGUAGGAAAUGUCUUGGUCCCGAUGGGACAGGGGAGAUAUUGGAUCUUUUGGAUGGUACGGGGAUCAAAGCCGUUGCUAUCGGCGGUAUCCAUCUCCCUAACCUUCCUCAACUUUUACAUGGCUCCAUCUCCCCUCAAACUUCCAACGCUCUGGACGGCGUAGCAGUCAUAUCAGAUAUUGUCUCUUCCCUCCAUCCCCGAGAGGCCGCCGUGGCCUUGAGGGAGAUAGUCGAUUCGUUCAAGAGGGCCAGAAACUCUUUGAAAGACAAUAAAGGUUUAUUCGGCACUUCUUCCUCUACCUCGGAGGAGCUCAACGAAGAUAGGUUGGUGGAGAAAGUUCAAGGCUUGAUGAGGGUUUUGGAACAGGAGACACCACUGAUCAAUCAGCUCACCAACAAAGUCGUGAUGAACGACUCGGCCAACGUCACGCUCGCCGUGGGAGCCUCACCUAUCAUGUCUACCAACCCUAGAGACGUGUAUGAUCUGAGUCCAGCCAUUGGGGCAUGCUUGAUUAACUUUGGCACCGUCGAUGACAAGGAAGGAAUGAAAGUGGCCGGUAGACAGGCCAAUGUCAAUAGAAAACCACUAGUCUUCGAUCCUGUUGCUGUGGGAGCUACUUCGUAUAGGCGUGAGACUGCUGAGGAACUUCUCGCUCAUUGGCAACCUACAAUCAUCAAAGGCAACGCCGCUGAAAUCGGAGCCAUGGCCGAAUCUACCGAAGUGGCCAGUAGAGGUGUAGAUGCAGCUGGAUCAGGAUUCAAAGAUCCCGCAGCUAUCGUCAGAGCCCUGGCCAAAAAGAGGGCCGCCAUCAUCGUUUUAACUGGACCUACCGAUUACAUCUCCGACGGCCAUACCGUCCUAAAAGUAUCCAACGGUUCACAUUAUCUUGAAAAAAUCACUGGAUCAGGAUGUCAAGCAGGAACGUUGAUUGCGUGUUUCGCAGCUGCUUCGCGAAGUUUCUAUUUGAAUGAGAACGAGCCGUUCGAAGAUGAUAGUCAGCUCGUUCAGGGUGAUAUGUUAGUAGCUGCGUUGGCGGGUGUUCUCAUCUACACAAUCGCAUCUGAAGUAGCUGCCGAUCGACCAGACGUCAAAGGUCCAGGUACUUUCCGAUCAGCCUUGAUUGAUGAGUUGUAUAAUCUUACUCCCGAGGUGGUUCAACAAAGAGCAAAGGUUGAAAUUCUAUAG